AUGGCCACCGCUCACACCCUGCUCCUCCUUCCUCUGCUCCUGGCCUUGGCUUGGGCCCAGUGCCCAGCCCCGGCGGAUCUGAAGAACGCCGACGGGAGCAAGGUCUGCUCCCAGCUGUACGUCGACGACAGCCCCUACUACGCCCAGUGCUGCGGGGGCGACGUGCUCCAGGUGCAGCCCGGCGACGACAUUCCCUACAUACCGCUCGGCUGGAACGACAAGAUCUCGUCCCUGGUGGUGGCACCCCUGUGUGAGCUCAACGUCUGGUCCAGGAGGGGCAAGGAAGGCUACAACCGCAAGUUCAAGAGCGGGGUGGUAUAUCGGCUGCGGGAGAUCAAGAAGGGGCUCUUCGGGGACUGGGACAACUCCAUCUCCGCCUACUACUGCAAGUGCUACUGA